AUGCCUCGAAUUGAGGAUAGGCCGUCGUUUAUUAUCGAAUCGUGGACGCUUUAUGUCUUCGGCACGCUUAUUCUCUUCUCGCGCUUUGCAGUUCGUUUCAAGACUGUUGGGUGGAGGGGUUUGCAAGGCGAUGGUUUCUUUUCUUUUCUUGUUCUCAUAUUGUAUGCUGUGGAUGCGUUCACAAUCCAUCUCAUCUACUAUUUCGGUACAAAUAUCGAAGCUGGCGUCGCAGCCAAAUCGCACACUCUGAUGAACGAUGAGAUCCACGAAUACGAAACGGCCUCUAAACUCGAACUUGCAGCUUGGUACGCAUACACAGCACUCAUUUGGUGCCUAAAGGGAACAAUGCUAUUCUUCUUUUCGAGGAUGACGAUUGGGACGUGGCAUGAUAUGUUUGUCAAGACUGUGUUGAUUCUAUGCGCUGCAUCCUAUCUUGCUGUCUUCCUCACAAUUACAUUUGGAUGUUUCCCUACACAAAAGAACUGGCAGGUUGUACCUGAUCCUGGAGGGAAAUGCUCUUUUAAAAUACAGAACUUUCUAGUGACAACAAUUCUAAACGUCCUUACCGGCGCCCUCAUCCUCGGAAUUCCAAUGCCUCUCCUCUGGAAACUCCAAAUCCCCUUCCGCAAAAAACUCGUCGUCUGCCUUCUCCUCUCCUCAGGAGCAUUUGUAAUCGCAGCAGCUAUGAUCCGCGUCGUCCUCACACUCUCCGCAAACCCAUCUGCACUUACCAUCAACGCGUGGGGCGUUCGCGAAACCAUCGUUGGAAUCCUCACCGUCAACAUUCCCAUUCUUCGACCAAUCUUCUCAAAGUCCUUUUGGAACGGUAAUUCUCCGAGUGAGAUUACUUCGUCCUAUCGGACGACUGCUCACGGGACGAGGGGUGGCAAUACAACGCUUACUCAGGAUAUUUCGGGGCCGUAUGAGCUUACGCCGAUCAACAGGUACGUUAGCACUGAGGUACGCAAUAACACAUAUACCGCCAUUUCGCUAUCCAACUUCGAUUUCAGCGGUAAAGCAGUCCUCAUCACCGGUGCAAGUCGAGGGCCUGGCCUCGCCAUAGCUAUUUCGCUUAUCAAAGCAAGGGCAUCUCAGAUCUCUAUCAGAGCAUGCUCUAAUCUUUCCAGUUCCUCAGCCUCAAUCUUUAACGCUGCUUCCAAAGCAGGUCGCAAACGACCGACGGUCCUGGAACUCAACAUGGACGUCUCAAAUGUCGCCAGUAUAGAUAGUGCAGCUUCCAAGAUCCGCCCCGAAUUCGGUCGUCUAGACAUUGUGGUCAAUAGUGCUAGGAUCCUCGCAGGCAACGGGAACCUUAUUGACAGUGAUCCUGAAGGGUGGACGCAGAACUUUUACAUCACACCAAGGGGCAAAAAGUCUGUCGUCAACGUCAGUAGCAUCGGUACGCAUUGCAUCUCGCCGACGUUGAGUGGAUAUCAGAUCAGCAAGCUAGCCAUCCUCCGAUUGGCCGAAUUUGCAACAGUGGAGUAUGGAGACGAGGGGUUAUUCGUGUACUCUAUACACCCAGGUAGUGCAACUACCGAGAUGUUGUUGCAACAGUGGCCUUAA